AUGCUACCAGUGGUGCAUUUGAUUGAUGAAAUCAUCAAUUUGCUUGUGAAAUGGUUUAGUAAACGUCGUGAUUUUGCUUUGAAAUGUACAUCAACAUUGUGCCCUAACUUUGGCGAGAAGAAGUUGAGACGCAAGUUGGAAUGUGCUUCAAGGAUGAAUGUCGUGAAACUGAAUCAUGUAGAGUAUAAUGUCGUAGACGGUGAUAUGGACGGCCACGUACAUUUGACGAAUAACACUUGCAGUUGUAGGAAGUUUCAGCUUGAGCAACUACCUUGCAAGCAUGUAGUUGUAGUUUGCCGUUUCUUGAAACUAAAUAUAUACUCCAUGGCUUCUCUUUAUUACACUCGAAAUACAUGGUUGAAUGCUUAUUCAGAUACCAUAUACCUGGUACAGCCUCAAGAGUUGUGGGUUAUUCUUGAAGAUGUCUAA